AUGUACAACAAGCCCGUCAACGCCCAGCUCGUCGCCGACCAGUUCCGCGCGUCGAUGACCAAGCCGCAGGCGGAGAAGGCGCUCGCCGCGCUCGCCGCGUCCGGCGACGCGGUGCUCAAGGAGAACGGCAAGUCAAAGAUCUACUCGGCCAACCAGCAGGCGGCCCAGCUCAAGGCGGCGGAGAGGGCCGCGUCGGGCCGCAAGUCGCUCGGCGAGCUCAUGGCGCAGAAGAAGACGAUCGAGGCGCGGCGGUGUGGCUGGAAAGGCCGGGAGCGCGUGUGGAAGAAGCAGGCCGAGGUGGCUGCGCUCAAGGGCGCGGACGGCGACCAAAAGCCGCUCAGCGAGAAGGCGUUUAGCGAGUCGCACGAGGCCGUCAACGCGUACUCGAAGCUUCUCAAGGAGCUGAAGAAGCGGCGGCGCACCUGCUUGGACAUGGUGGGCCACGUCGCCGAGAACACGAACAAGCCGGACAAGAAGCUCAUCGAAGAGUGGGGCCUGGAGACCGACGAGGACGCCGGCUUCGACCUGUCCAAGUACCCUCCGCUCCCCGCCAGUGCGCUGCACAAGGCCUCGGCCUCCACCCGCCCCAAGCCCGGCGGCUUUGGGCGGCGCUGA